AUGGCCUUCAUGAGCACGCAACCUCCUUACCUGAGUCCCGCCGUUCCCUUCCAUGGCAUCAUCCAAGGCGGACUCCAGGAUGGCCUGAAAAUCACUGUCCGUGGGACUGUUCCUCUCUAUGGAGAAAACAGGUUCCACGUGAACCUUCAGUCUGGCAGCAGUGGCAACAACGUGGCUUUCCACUUCAACCCUCGUUUUGAAGAAGGGGUUGUGGUCUGCAACACGAAGCAGAAUGGCUGCUGGGGGACCGAGGAAAGGAAGAGUCAGGUCCCCUUCCGGAAGGGGACUCCUUUCGAGCUGAGCAUCCUGGUACAGAACAUGGGUUUUAAGGUAGAAGUGAAUGGGAACUUCUUCAGCCAGUACUCACACCGCGUGCCCUUCCAUCUCGUUGACACCAUUUCUGUCGCUGGUGGGGUGCAGCUGUCCUUUAUCAACUUCCAGUCUGCAGCUGUGUUGUCAGCCACCUCAUCUCCCAUCACUCAAACGGUCAUCCACACGACACACACAAUCCCAGGACAGAUGUUCCCCAAUACCAGCUUCUCACCUGCGAUAUAUCCCAACCCAGUCUAUCCGAUGCCUUUCUUCACCUCCAUACCAGGGGGCCUCUUCCCAUCCAAAAGCAUCAUCAUCUCAGGCACUGUCUUGCCCUAUGCCAAAGGUUUCCACAUCAACCUGCGCUCCGGAAACGACAUCGCCUUCCACCUGAACCCCCGGUUUAAUGAGAACACCGUGGUCCGGAACACACAGACCCAAAACUCCUGGGGGCCUGAGGAGCGCAGCCUGCCCCGAAGUAUGCCCUUCACCCGAGGCCAGGGCUUCCAAAUAUGGAUCAUGUGUGAGAGCCACUGUCUCAAGGUGGCGGUGGACGGCCAGCACCUGCUCGAGUACAUGCAUCGCCUGAAGCACUUGCCGGCCAUCAACCAGCUGGAAGUGGCAGGUGACAUCCAACUGAACCACGUGCAAGUCUAGGCGAAGACCCCUGACUGGGCCGUCAGCUCAUCACCCUGCCUCAGCCCCAGCCCCCCAAAUCCUGUCCAAAGUUUGGGCUGUUCCCAUGGGUCCUUGUCUUAGUCUGGUCCUACAGCAGUUGCCAAA